CUCUCUCUCUCUCUCUCCGUGUGUAAAUAUAUAUGCGCGCGCGCACAUGUUGUGUGUGAGCGUCUCUCUCCCUCCCCCCCCCAACCCAUUGCACAUUGAAAGAUUAGGUUUUUCACAUAGAAAUCGGACUCUGUUUCACAGAAUCACAUGGAGAUGGAGCGAGCCAGGCCGGCGGCGCCAAACACGGCAGCCACGCCGGUGAAGAAGCUGAACGCGUUCGUGGCGGGGAGCAGAGUGGGCCGCCGAUUCAAGCUCGCCGAGCGGAACACCAACUUCACCACGGAGCUCCGCGCUGGCACCGCCACCUUCCUCACCAUGGCCUACAUCCUGGCCGUCAACGCCUCCAUCCUCUCCGACUCCGGCGGCACCUGCUCCGUCUCCGACUGCAUUCCCCUCUGCUCCGACAACUCCGUCCCCGCCGCCAACUGCUCAGGCGCCAACCUCAGCCUCAUCCAGCCCGACAAGUCCUGCAAAUUCGAGCCCGUCAAUCCCGGCUACGCCGCCUGCUUGGAGCAAAUCCGGAAGGAUCUCAUCGUCGCCACCGUCGCUUCGUCCCUCAUCGGAUGCGUGAUUAUGGGAACCUUCGCGAACCUUCCGUUGGGUCUGGCUCCUGGUAUGGGCACCAACGCCUACUUCGCCUACACCGUCGUCGGCUACCACGGCUCCGGCAACGUGUCCUACCAGAGCGCGCUCGCCGCCGUCUUCGUCGAGGGCUUGAUCUUCCUUCUGAUUUCCGCAAUUGGGCUCCGAGCCAGACUCGCCAAACUGGUUCCCAAACCCGUCCGGAUCUCCUCCUCCGCCGGAAUCGGCCUCUUUCUCGCCUUCAUCGGAUUACAGAACAACCAAGGCAUCGGCCUCGUGGGCUACAGCUCCUCGACUCUGCUGACUCUCGGCGCAUGCCCCAGCUCCGCACGUGCCUCCCUCGCUCCGGUCAUGACCGACGCCAACGGCACCAUCAGCCUCAUCCCCGGCGGCACUGUCUCCGGCGACAUACUCUGCCUCCACGAUCGCAUGGAGAGCCCCACAUUCUGGCUCGGCCUAGUGGGCUUCGUCAUCAUCGCCUACUGUCUCGUGAAAAACAUCAAAGGCGCCAUGAUCUAUGGCAUCGUCUUCGUUACGGCCAUCUCCUGGUUCCGCAACACCAAGGUCACCAUCUUCCCCGACACCGACGCCGGCGACUCCGCCUACCAGUACUUCAAAAAAGUCGUCGACAUCCACACAAUCAAGCAUACCGCCGGCGCACUGAGCUUCAAGAACUUCGGAAAAGGCUUCUUCUGGGAAGCCCUUGUCACCUUCCUAUACGUCGACAUCCUCGACACGACCGGCACUCUCUACUCCAUGGCCCGCUUCGCCGGCUUCACCGACGACAACGGCGACUUCGAGGGCCAGUACUUCGCCUUCAUGUCCGACGCAUCCUCGAUCGUCGUCGGCUCGUUGCUCGGCACCUCGCCGGUGACUGCGUUCAUCGAGUCGUCGACGGGGAUACGAGAAGGCGGCAGGACGGGGCUAACGGCGCUGACGGUGGCGGCCUACUUUUUACUGGCGUUCUUCUUCACGCCGCUCCUGGCAUCUAUACCGGCGUGGGCGGUUGGACCGCCGCUGAUUCUGGUGGGCGUUCUGAUGAUGAGAUCUGUGGUGGAGAUUAAUUGGGACGAUAUGAGAGAGGCUAUACCGGCGUUUAUAACGCUGCUUCUGAUGCCGUUGACAUACUCCAUCGCUUACGGUUUGAUUGGUGGGAUUGGUACUUACAUUGUUCUGCACCUCUGGGACUGGACGGAGGGGCUCUUGCGGAAUUUCUGGAUUUUGAAGGGGCCGAAAAGAAAUAAUGACGUGGCUAAUGGGACCGCCAACAAUGAGGCCUCUCCAGACGGAAGUACAAAAGGCCAGCCACUGCCAGUAUAGAGUGACACGUGGCCUGAAAGUGAAAUCUCUCCUUUAUCCUUUUAUUAUAUUGUUUUCGGCUAUGAUAUUUCAUUAUUUACCACAAUUUUUCAUUUUCCAUUUUUGUACAGAUAAAAAGAAAGAAAAAAUUAUAGUGGAAAAAUACUUUAA